CCAGCCCAGUUGAACAAAUAUACGUUGUGGAGGAGACUGGCCCAUAUUUUGAGAUAACAGUGCCAUUUCGGAGCUUCAAACAAUGGCGGUUCUUAGAUUGAUGGCAGUUCUGGCAGUCGUGAUAUCGGCCACUCUGGCUCAGCAGUACAGUGGCGGAAGCAAUUAUGUUGACUCCGACUACGAGUAUGAAGCUCCAUCACAAUCAGGUCCAGCUUCAAGGCCACCCUCGAGGUCCUUUUCGCGCCCCGCACCCUCACCCAUACGACAAAGUGGCCCGCCCCCCCCUCGAGCUACUCCAGUUCCUAUUCUGAAGCAAAUCAACAGGCACAACGAGGACGGUUCAUACACGUACGGCUACGAGGGGGCGGACGGCAGCUUCAAGAUAGAGACCAAGUUGACAACUGGCGAGGUGAUGGGCAAGUACGGCUACGUGGACGACCUGGGGAAGGUGCGCGUUGUGGAGUACGGAGCAAACAAAUUCGGCUUCCAGCCCGCCGGUGAGGGCAUAACCGUCGCGCCGCCCACCUUGGUGGAUGAGACCAAACGUCCUCGUCAGGGUCCUGGUCCUGCCGUCGAAUACGAUGACGGAGAGUAUUACGAGGAGGUUCCAGCUCGCUCCCAGGCACCUGUCAGAUUCUCAGCCCCUCGCCCCGCACCCGUCUCUCGACCACAACACGCCUCGCGCCCCGCACCUCCCCCUCGACAGUCUGAAGAAUCUUACAGUUAUGAUACUUACUCUGACCCUCCCCCCGCCCCAAGGCCUAGCCCACCGCGUCCCAGUAGCAGCAGCAGUAGCUUUGGGCCCGCACCCCCAAGGGCCCAGGUCCCAGGCGCAAUCCCUGCAGGCGGUUCUAGUUCAGGAAUUGUGUAUUCUCAGCCUAGGCCUGCUCCCAAGCUUCAGGCCUUCACCCAGGCUUUCCCUGCUGCGCGUCCCGCCCCUCAGGCUCCAGUGUACCAUGAGCAGCCCAUAGCCCCGUCUCGCCCGCAAGCUAGACAGACGGGCGGACUCCUCGAUCAGCUCGCCAAGGAUUACGCACUCCCCCCUGGUGGACAGCCAGUGCAUGACAUCUCUUUUGGAUUCUAUUAGGUUGUGAGAACUCCCAACAGUGGCUGCUAUCAGGCGCCGUCCAGCACUAUACUGUGGUCACUGAAACGUUGUUUGGCUUGAGCACCUCCACAUCUCCCUCAAGCUGUUUUGAUUGAUUUUGAUUGCAUCAUACGCCAGUAUAUUCCCCUCCAGUCCUCAAGCCAUUCUGUUCAGUGAUAACUGAGAGCGACGGCAUUAGCUGGCGGCAACGCUGUGGGCUGGUAGUCAGCAAGAAAAGGACAACAUCGAGAGUCGUUUUCCCCCACUCUCUGUGGGACAAAUUUCCGUGGCUUCAGUAUAGUGACUGCUGAUUCUUUGCAGAAACACUACUGAAAUUAGCCAUUAAACUUCGACACAAAUCAUCCCAUCGCAAAGAAAUGAAGUCAGGCUGAGCAGCAACAUUCUUUUAUAUCAUUGGUCACGAUCUGACUGUAAAAAGCUCAUAUUUGUAAAGUGGGGGUUAUUCCAUUUCUGUGUAUGCACUGAUGUAUAUGUUUAUGUGAAAGAGAUAUUCACAUAUUAGACUGUAAAACUGUUGACAACACAUAUUUUUGUAAGAAAGUCAACCUCUUACUGUGGAGGCAAAAGUUUCUUCUGUAUUUAUUAUGUAGCUGUUGAAUCAGUUGAUGCAACUAUCAGGCCAAUUUAGUAAUAAACCACAAGAAACUCUUUUUUUGAUGUUAAUAGACACUAACGGGGUUAUCAUAAAUACUGAAUGGCAAUUGCUUAGGUUAGAACGCUUGAGAAGUUCAACAAGAUCCUGCCAUUUUGUGCCAAAUUGAAAAUUUGUCUGAAAGUUUUCACAAAAUUUGUUAUAAUCUUCGUCAUAUCACGUUUCAAACGUUUUUAAUAGGGUCAGGUUGACCAAAAUUCCAAUAGCUUGGCUCUGUACACAACAGUGGUAAUAACCUGUACCAACUAAUUUAAUAUUCAGUAAUUCGUAGCUUUGCCUGCAGGCUCUACGUAUGUAUUUCAUACGGCUCACAGAAUAAACUGAGAUUAUUUCCCUACA